CUUUCUUCUUCUUCUUCUUCUCUCUCUCUACUUGUAAAAGGCCUAAACAGUUAAACCCCCGGCUACACACAGACACUGUCUCGAUUCUUACCCGCCAAAUUCCUUCUCUCUUUGACUGUAUGAUUCCGUUUCCAUUCUCUAUUCUCUUCUUCAACUGAGUGAGUGAUUUUAUAAAGGGGACUCUGUUAAUUGCUUGAUAUGGAAGACGACAAUCUGGUGAAGUCUGAGAAGCGUGAUUUCUCAUUCAAGCAGGAUCAUUUUACUGGAAUUCGGCACCACUACGAACUCUUCUCUGGUCAUGACUACAAUUCCGCUUUUGAACAGCUUCUCGAUAUUAACCUCCAGAUUGGUGUUACUUGUGAGGAUAAUCAGGUCUGGAACCAUCUCCAAGAACACAAAGUCAUCAGUCUUCAAGACGCUAGGAUCCCUAACGACGAUGAAGCCAAAGAAGGAGCACGUUUUGAUGCAAACCAAAAUGAUGCCUAUCUCUCUUUCCCUGAUAAUGAUGACUCUGCAACUUCCGAGGUUGACAAAUCAGUUCUAAUUAGAACCAACCAUACGGAAGAAUCCCAAGAUAUCCAUGAUAACUUGGAGUUGGGGAUGGAGUCUUCUCGGAAACCAGAAAUAAAGGCUUCUCCUGACCCUCAACACUGGUCUAUGGUCGGUGCAGGUCGUACUGAGCAUGAAAUGGUCGUUGGUAUGGAAUUUUCAGAUGCCAAUGCUUGUAGGAGAGCUAUCAAAAACGCAGCUAUUGCUCUACGUUUUGAGAUGCAAACGAUUAAGUCUGACAAAACCCGCUUCACCGCAAAGUGCAUGGGCGAGGGUUGCCCAUGGAGAAUUCACUGCGCCAAAAUUCCUAAUGCGCCAACUUUUACAGUAAGGACUAUCCAUGGGAGUCACACUUGUGGUGGGGUUUCACAUCUUGGUCAUCAGCAAGCUUCUGUCCAGUGGGUUGCUGACGUUGUGGCGGAAAAGCUUAAACAAAAUCCGCAUUUCAGACCAAAGGAGAUUCUAGAGGAAAUUUAUCGAGUUCAUGGGAUUUCACUGUCUUACAAGCAGGCGUGGAGGGGGAAAGAGCGUAUAAUGGCUACUCUUCGUGGGUCAUCUGCUGGGUCAUUUGAAGAAGAAUAUCGCCUUCUUCCCCAAUACUGUUAUGAAAUCAGAAGAACUAAUCCUGGCAGUGUCGCUGUGGUUCAUGCAAAUCCUAUCGAUGGGACCUUUCAACACUUGUUUAUUUCUUUCCGAGCAUCAAUCACUGGUUUUCUAAAUGCUUGCCAGCCUUUUAUUGCACUGGACAAUACUCUUUUAGAGAGCAAAUAUCCAGGGACGUUGCUGCUUGCCACUGGAUUUGAUGGAGAUGGAGCUGUAUUUCCUUUGGCAUUCGCUAUUGUUAAUGAAGAAAACGACAGCAACUGGCGUCGGUUUCUCUCGGAGCUGCGUAAGAUUCUUGAAGUUAACUCUGAGAACAUGCCAAAGCUUACCAUAUUGUCCAGUAUGGAGAGAUUUACUGCUGAUGGGGUGGAGGCUAAUUUCCCAACAGCAUGUCAUGGCAUUUGUGUCCAUUAUCUCGCAGAACAAUUCCAAAAGGAAUUUCAAAGCUCUAUUCUUGUGAACCUUCUUUGGGAGGCUGCACAUUCUCUCACUGUCCUUGAGUUCAAAUCGAAAAUGAACAAGAUCGAACAGAUAUCACCGGAGGCUUCCUUAUGGAUCCAAAACUUCUCUCCUGCUCUAUGGGCAUCAUCAUACUUUGAAGGAACAAGGUUUGGGCAUUUAACUGCAAAUGUUAUUACCGAGUCCCUCAGCAAUUGGAUUCAAGGUACCUCGGGUCUUCCUAUAAUACAAAUGAUGGAGUGUAUCCACGGCCAUUUGAUGAAUAUGUUCAAAGAACGCCGUGAAACGAGCUCACAUUGGUCUGAUGUCCUUGUUCCUUCUGCUGAAAAUCAAAUGGUUGCUGCUGUAGAAAAAUCGCGUGUUCAGCGCGUUUACAGAGCAAAAGAAGCAGAAUUUGAAGUCAUGACUCAUGAAGGAAAUGCUGUUGUAAAUAUUAAAAAUCGUUCUUGUUUGUGCCGCCGGUGGGAAGUUUACGGUUUUCCGUGUAGCCAUGCCGUUGGAGCUCUCUUGUCUUGCAAAGAGAACGUUUACGAUUACACAGAGAGUUGGUUCACGGUGGAAAAUUACAGAAGAACUUAUGCAGAAACUGUAGAGCCAGUUUCAGACGAAGUCCAGUGGAAAAAAAAUGAUUCAGAGAUAGAUAGCGAAGGUGUAAUAAGAACACCGAAGGUUAUGAGAGGUGCUCCGAGGAAGAGGAGAGUUAGAGCAGAGGAUCGUGGCCGUGUGAAGCGUGCGGUUCAUUGUGGUCGGUGUAAUCAGCUGGGCCAUUUCAGAACAACUUGCACUGCUCCUAUGUAAUGUAACAGUAGUACUAUUUUAACUGGCUUUAAUAGGUUUUAGGAAAUUUUUUGGUAGAGGAUAUGCUCUCGACUAUUAGAAAUUAGAAGCUAUGGCUUUAGGUAAAUGUAGCAUGCUACUUCCUUUUAUAUAUUUUUAAACAGUGAAUUUGAUAACCUUCUUCUACUUUGUUCGUUAAGUAAGAGACAGUGAAUUUGCCAUACAGUUCUGUUGAAUAGUUUGAGGGAUGACUCUGCCUAUAAUUAGUUUUCCAAGACCAA